AUGGAGGAAACCUACCUGCUGAAUGUGGAAGGGGUCAAAAAGAAGAUUCUGCAUGGAGGCCAAGGGGAGCUGCCGAAGUUGCAGGAUGGGAGCAAGAUCACCUUCCACUUCCAGACGCUGAAGGAUGACUUUGAGCGGACAGUGAUCGACGACAGCCGGGAAGCUGGCAUCCCCAUGGAGAUCAUCGUGGGCAAGAUGUUCAAGCUGGAGAUCUGGGAGACGCUGCUCAGCUCCAUGAGAGCCGGGGAGGUGGCUGAGUUCUGGUGUGAUGCCAUCCACACAGGCAUGUACGCCCUGGUCUCCAGGGGCAUGCGGAGGAUCGCAGAGGGUCGGGACCCCCUGGAAGGGCAGAAGCACCGCUGUGGCAUGGGCAACAUGUUUGACUACCACAGCACAGGCUAUGAAGACCUGGACGAGCUGCAGCGAACACCACAGCCCCUCAUCUUCAUCAUGGAGUUGUUCAGGGUGGAGGAGCCCUCAGCGUACAAGCGUGACACCUGGGCCAUGAGCAAGGAGGAGAAGUUGGCGGCAGUGCCUGUGCUGCACAGCGAAGGCAACCGCCUCGUCCUCCGCAAGGAGUUUGGGCAGGCAGCGGCGAAGUACCAGGAGGCUGUCAUCUGCCUGAGGAACCUCCAGGCCAAGGAGAAACCAUGGGAGGAUGGCUGGCUGAAGCUGGAGAGCCUGGUCACACCAUUGGUCCUCAACUACUGCCAGUGCCAGCUGGAGCUGGGCGAGUACUACGAGGUGCUGGAGCACACGACGGAGCUCCUCCAGAAACACAACGACAACGCCAAGGCCUAUUUCAAGCGGGCAAAGGCCCACGCUGCUGUCUGGAAUGAGCGGGAGGCACGGGAAGACUUCCUGCGGGUGGCUCACCUGGACCCCUCCAUGGCGGCCGCCGUGAAGAAGGAGCUGAAGCAGCUGGGGGAGAGGAUGAGGAAGAAGCAUGUGGAGGAUCGGAAGCGCUACCAAGGGCUCUUCCAGCAGCCCCGGGGGCCACAGGCCAGUGAGGGGCAGCAGAGUGGGGAGGUGGGCAACGGGGCAAUGCUGCAGGAAGAGGCACUCCAGGGUGUGAGAGGGGGUGGCACGGACAGCAACCCGCACCGCUGCUAG